AUGGCCUCUUCUCUCGCAGCGCAGCUGUCGCAGCUUGCGGCCAAGUCGACGCACGAGCUUGACCUCAAACAGCAGCGGGUCUCCCAUUCGCAGUCCUUGAUUUUCGACCGGAAGGUUGCCUCUGCGCAGGAUUUUGAUACAAUUUACGACAUAUGCUAUGAUGGGUUCCGAGAGCUUUGCUCCCUGGAUCCUCGAUUCGAAGAGUUUGCGCGCUCCAUCUUCAGCGAGCAGAGCAAGGCCGAAGACCGAACGCAAUUGAACAGCGCCCAGAACAAGGAGCUGGACAGUGUAAUUGAAUCUUUCUUGGCUCUUGUUGGAGGACGAUUGCAGUUGAGCCCCGCAGUCAAAGCUGUGGACUGGCUGGUCAGACGUUUUAGGAUUCAUGAAUACAAUACCGCUUGCAUCCUACUCACUUUCCUUCCUUAUCACACGACACCCCUCUUCCUCAACCUGCUGUCGAUCUUGCCCAAUGAUUUGACGCCUACAUUCAAAGUGCUUUACCCAUAUAAGACCGGUCUCAUCAAUCCACCUCGGCAUCCGAUAGUGCAUAGCGCUACCACGAACAAGGCGUUUUUUGCCGCAUUGAAUGAUUACGUUCUGAAGGCCUGUCAGCAGCAGGCCCAAAGCCAUACUCUCCUUUCAUUCUGGGCGGGUAUUAUCACAGAGGCAGUAGCGGGCAUGUUGGAUAGCGCUCGUUCUGGUCGGAGAGAAGCUGAGAAGCAGAAGCAUGAGGAUGUUCUUAUCCGCGUUCUGCCGCUUCUGAGCGGUUUCUUCGCUAUGAAGAAGGUUCCAGAGCUGAUCAUCAGUUGCUAUAUGAUCUCUGUGGUGCUCGCUCAGAAGGCCAUGCUUACCGAUGAUGUGCUGAAUGGUUUGAUGGAAAGUGUGGUUACCUCUUGGACAGAAGAGACUUUCAGCUCCGGUCUGAUCUGUCUGUCUGUCUUGGCACAACAAACACCGGCAGGGACUCUUCCUAAGAAGGUUUUCAAAGCUAUCAUUCGGCUUGAGAACCCCAUGCAGCAAUUGUCCGAGGUUACUGCUCAGUAUCAGACAUCCAAUCUGUUGCUUGGUCUUGUUGCUGGGUGUGUUAGCGAUCUUGAUAAGCAGAAGGACAAUACUUGCCUUUCCCUUCUCUCAUCUAUUUUUGAAGCCAAUGUCCUACAAGAUAAUGACAUGAAACAGGCCAUGACUUUGGUCCUUAAGGCUGCAAGCGCCACUGAUGAGACGCGUCGCAUGUCUCUGGAUGCUCAAUCCCAACUUGCCGAGCUUGUGCAAAGCUUCACUCGAGAUAGCUCGCUGCAGCCCAUUUUCCAGAUGGCCUUGACCGAGUCGUCCCUCAACAUCCCGGCACUGGAGCACAACCUGCAAACUGUGGUGGAGGCACCUGUCCCACCGCAAGCUCUUGAAGAUGUGGAUAUGAAGGAGGUCGACGAUGAGGAGGUGGACAACUUUACGCCAGCCCUGGAGUCCUUAACCAAGGAAUCACUUUUCGCAACAUCUUUUCUCAGCAGUCAAUCUAUUCCCGAGUUUGACAAUCUCGUGCAGGUCUUCGCACUGGCCGGGGAUUCUGACGUUCAGAUCGAACAGUUCGCCAGCCUACCGAUUCUGGGCAGAGGUAACGCCGCAACGAGCCCCCAAUUUAUCUCAUUCUUCGUGCGUGUGCUUUCUGGUCCAUACCCGAUUGGCACUAAAGUUGCCGCUUUGAACAUUUUGUCGUCUGUUCUCUCAUCAAUCUCGGGCGACAUGGACCCUCAAGCCCUGCUGCCAUUCCUCAUUGUUGCUCUUACAGACUCAUCCGAGCGCAUUCGUCGCGAGGCGGCUGGUGUUCUGGCCAUUGUUGGUUCUCUGUAUAGGAAUAACAAGAAGGCCGAUAAUCUGAAGGCUUGGGCCUCCGAUGCCAUCUAUGGCAAGGGCAAGGAAUCCACUAGCAUUUCGUGGAUGUCUUCUUCUGAUGUGCAAAAGGUGCUGGAACGUGCAUUGCUCCCCGCAUUGGAGGAGUACAUUCUUGAUCCCAAUCAUAUUGGCAAGGUUAUUGACGCUACGCUGCGGGGCAGCGUUCUGUCCGAGGAUCCGGGCGCCCAGGAGCUGAAGAAGUCUAUCCGGACUAGCCUUUUCACUUUCCUUUGCUCGCAUGUUAUUCGAAUGCCAGUCUUCGCCCCCAAGUUCACUCUGCUGCGCAUUCUCAACAAUGUUAAGAAGGUUUCGGGCACUACUCGCACGAAGGAGCUUCUUCCGUUACUUGAGAACUGGCGUGAUCUAAGCCAGAAAGAUGUUGAUGAAAUCUGUGCCAAGGAGCGACUGUCCCUUGCUGACAGUGACAGCCAUAUUGUGGCUAUUGUUACUGCCAAGGAGAGCGAUGCAUUCGAAGUCCUUUUGUCCAAUAUCGCUCACCCCGCCAAGUCUCCUAGGGCCUCCUUCGUGGCAGCUGGGUUUGAUCGGAUGAAGAACAUCUGGCCCAAGGUUUCUGAGGAAGGUCAAUUGGUCGCAGCUCAAAAACUGUUGGACAUUUCUCUUGGCUUGUCUACCGGUACCACAUCUGUAGCAGACUACUGCCGUGAUGUUCUCCGCAGCGUGGAGCUGUCCGGUCCCAUUCUUGUGAACUUUGUUAAGAAAAUUCCUGUUUCUCUGACAGACAUUGACUCUCUCGGCCCCGCACCCAAGCGCCGACGUACAAGUCAGAACAACAUGGUCGCCAUGACCGUUAAGGACGAGGCAGAGCUGAGCAAGCUCAUGGACAAGAUGACCUUCAUUCUGGAGGUCAUUGAUAGCUCGAGCCCCGGCUCGCACCCCGAGCUGGCGGACGGCCUCUUCCAGACUCUUGCUGCCCUUCACCAUUUCAAAUCUCAGAUCCAGUCUGGCAUGAGCUACCUUUUGAGCUUGACUCUGGGAAGCCUCUUGGCUAUUGUGAACCAAUCCAAGGGAUCCCCCAAGCCCCUUUUCGAUACCUCGGUUAUUCGCGCCGAUCUCGUCGUGGACUGUGUGCGAACUACGGACAGCCCUCAGGUGCAAAAUGGCGCGCUCCUGCUCGUGGCUGGUCUGUCUGUCAUUGCUCCUGAGCUUGUCCUUCACAGCGUGAUGCCCAUCUUCACAUUCAUGGGGUCUAGUGUUCUCCGCAAGGACGAUGACUACUCCGUUGCUGUCAUUGACCAGACUAUCGACCAGGUUGUUCCGGCUCUUAUUCAGUCCCUUCGAAACCAGAAGCGGGAUAUUGUAUCAGGCACUUCCGAGCUCUUGCUCAGUUUCACCGCUGCCUUUGAGCAUAUUCCGUCGCACCGCCGUCUCCGCCUCUUCCACGCUUUGAUCACUAAGCUUGGCACCCAAGACUUCCUGUUUGCCGUUCUGGCCAUGCUUGCCAAUCGCUAUGCCAUGGAUAAGGAUGUACUUAUGUUGAUGACUGGGGUCGCCUCGGAUACCACUCCUGUGGUGGAACUCACUACCUACAGCAAGUAUCUGAACCUCGUCAUCGAUGCCUUGCGUCCCAAGCCUGGCAUCUCCAAGGUCCUCCUUGGAAUUGGUAGCGACGAUGGACGCGACCCCCAGAAGGUUGCCGUUGAUCUGCUCCGCGAUCUUGCUCACUUGCUCAAGCACUCCUCCCUCAAGUCCAAGCUAGAGGCAGCAUUCGAGACCGAGAAUGAGGUUGCGGACCAAGUCCGGGCUUGCUUCUCUCGAGUACUCGAACAGGUCCUGGGCAUUAGUGAGUCUGUGCAGAGCAUGAAGCCUGUUAGCCAGGCGUGUGGUGAGGUUCUGGGCUCCUUGUUCAGCACCUUGUCACUCGUCGACUUCCUGGAUACCAUUGAAGUCCUGCUUCAGGGACCUAAUGACGACCUCCGACGCAAGGUACUUCGGCUGCUGGAGAACCGUCUCCGCCAAACCCCUGAGCGUGACAGCGAGUCUCAGAUUCGUAUUCUCGACUUCCUGCCUACUCUGGUCAACAUUGUCGAAUCAUCCCCCGACUCGCUUCUCAAGCAUGCUGCCAUUGCCUGCAUUGAUCGCAUCACCGAGAAGUAUGGUCGCAAGGAUCCGUCGAAGGUUAUUGCCGCCGCCAAGGUCGUCGCUAGUACAUCCUGCCUUGGCCACGAUGAUGAGCGCAUUCGCAUUAUGGGUGUUCUGUGCCUCGCCUCCAUGGCUGAGGUCUUGGGCCAAGCCAUGAUUCCCGCCCUUCCCGAUGCGAUGAGCCAGUCUUUGAAGCUGUUGGAGCUGAGCCUGACCCCUGAGAAGGAGAACUCGCGCCUCCACGAUGCUGUGUACUCGCUGUUCUCCGCCCUCUUGGUCAAUUUGCCAUUCAUGAUCUCGGCUGCUCAUCUUGACAAGAUUCUGCUGCUCUCGUUCAAGUCUACCGAAGCGGACCUUGGGGAAAGCUCUGAUGACACGCGCCUGGAAACUCUUCGUCUCAUGGCGUCCCGCAAGAUGGAUCUCACUGCCACCCUUGGUGCUAUCGCCCGCAACUGGCAGCAUGCUGUUGAAACUGGCCCUACUGCCGUCAAUGAAGUCUUGGAAGUCCUCGCCCUUGCUAUUGAAAAGAAUCCUAAAUCUGCUGUUGUCAAGAACGUCAAUGUUCUGUCAAAGAUUCUUUUCGACGCUUUCGACCUGCGCCGCGAGCAAGCCAACCUUGGUGACGCCACCGACUUUGACUCCUCCGACCUCGACGAGGCUGAGAGUGCAUUGAACGAUAUCACGAUCAAGAUGAUCUACAAGCUCAAUGACAGCACUUUCCGCCCGCUUUUCAUCCAGUUCGUCGAAUGGGCUACCACCGGCGUGUCGAAGAAGGAUGAACAGGGUCGGGUCUCGCGUCUCACCACUUUCUACAGCUUCCUACAAGUGUUCUUCGGUACUCUACAAUCCAUCGUUACUGGUUAUUCCAACUAUAUCCUGGAUAGUGUUGUCGAGGUCUUGGGCACAGUCGAUCCCGCCAAGGCCACCAAGGCCCUUUGGCUUGCAGCACUCCGCACGCUCCGCAACUCCUUUGAACAUGAUCAAGAUGGUAUGUUUUUGUCGAAAAUACUUUCUACAAACUCCGCUUACCUGUAUUCAGAAUUCUGGCAAUCUCCUUCGCACCUCGCCAGCAUCUCGGGACCUCUCAUUUCUCAGCUUGCCCACGCAACCACCUCCAAGACUGCGGCUCUUGUCGCCGAGGAGGUUGUCCCCGCCAUCACCGAACUGGCCGUUGCUGCCGAUUCGACUGAUAACCACAAGGAGCUCAACAUGGCUCUCAUGAAGUAUCUUCGUCCCUCGUCUGCUCCGAAUGCCAAGUCUACGGAUGGUGACAACCCCUUCACCCGUCUUGCUGCCUUGAAGGCCGAGCAGGCCCUUACGGAGCAGCUUGGUGAGGAAUGGCUCGCUCUGCUUCCGGAGAUGCUGCCCUACAUUAGCGAGCUGAUGGAGGACGAGGACGAGAGCGUUGAGAGAGAGGUGCGGAAAUGGGUGAAGCAGAUUGAAGGUGUGCUCGGUGAGCGACUUGAUGAUAUGUUGACAUAG